AUGUCCUUCCUUCGCAAGACCUCCGAUGCAUAUGCCCUCUCCGCUGUCUUCCCUACAUACCUAAUCCCAUCAGUCCCGUUCCGGCGCAAGUCACGACAGUCAAGCACGGACAGCAACAAUUCCAGCGAUUCCAAUACCUCGACCUCCCAUGUCUCUGUGUCUCUAUCGACGGCGUCAUCCUCGUCGAAUCCAUUCGUGAGAUGCCUAACCCCCACCCCCAUCCCUGCCUCAUCAGCCUCGUCGACCAUCCUCCCUCCCGACGACAAGUUCCUGCACGGCCACAGGUCACACAUCCAAUGCGCCAAGUGCUCGACGGAUCUAUGUCUCACGUCGCAGAUCAUAAGCAGGGGGUUCACGGGACGGCAUGGUCGAGCGUACCUCGUCCAGGGCACGACGAGCCAUAUCCGCACCACCACCACGGCCUUGCCAAACACGUUCUUGAACAAACCCAUCCCCCGCAACCUGGUGACGGGCCAACAUAUCGUGAGUGACAUCAGCUGCGCCAUCUGCGGGAGCAACCUGGGCUGGAAAUACGUGCAGGCCAGCGAAGAGAGCCAGAAGUACAAAGUGGGCAAGUUCAUCCUGGAGACCAAGAAGAUCCGCAUGAACGUGUCAUGGGAGAACAAGGCUGAUGACGAUGACGACGGCCGCGACCACCUGGGAGUCGGAGUCGGAGUCCAAAUGUACCAUGAAGUCCUGCCACUUCCGCCGCGAGACUUGAAGACCCUCGCCCACCCUCCUGCAGGAAGAACAGGUCGUGACGCGUCAAGUUCCGGUGCCGCAGCGACUGCUAGGGGUGGUGGCGUUGAUGAUCUCGAAUUCGACUCGCAGGACGAAGAUGAGUGCGAAGAUCUCUUCGCCGGCGUGUGGUCGCCCGAACUUGCCGCGGACCGGAGACAGAGGAAGAAAGAGCGUUUGUUUGCCAAGAGGCCUGCCGCCGGCUUGAUGAGUCUCGGUGCAUCCGACAGCCUUGAAACUUUGUCGUGA